CGCUUUUAUAAACGAAUAAAAAAAAUCAAAAUUAACACACAAAAAGGAGUAAACUCAUUAAAGGAACAAAAAAAAAUCAAGCCCUCCGAGAAAGACUUUUAAGAAAAAGAAAAACACCGCGUAAGACUCUAACUCAACACGAUCUCGCCACGUGUCCUCCACAAAUCCCUCUUUUAACCGCCAAAAAAGAAACCACCCACUCUUCCAUUAACAUUAACUCCUCUCUUCCUCUCCUUCUUCCUCUGAUCCAAACAAAAAAUGGUGGAAGAAGAUCGGAUAACGUUAGCUCCGACGGCGAUCUAUGGCCGGAGCGAUGAAGAACAGAGCGGACCAAGAAUCUGGCGUCGGAAAACAGAGGAACCUCCAGGGAAAUGUCUAGUCUAUUCCUUGACAAUAAUCGUCAUCAUCUUCGCACUUUGUCUCAUCCUCUCUUCAAUCUUUCUACGGAUUUCAAAACCAGAGAUUGAAACAAGAUCAAUAUCCACUCGAGAUCUUCGAUUUGGUGGUAAUUCAACAAACCCUUACUUCAAUGCCACGCUAGUAAGUGAUAUCUCGAUCAGAAACUCCAAUUUUGGCGCAUUUGAGUUUGAGGAUAGUUCGUUACGUGUUGUUUACGCUGAUCAUGGUGUUGUGGGAGAGACCAAGAUUGCGGGUAGAAGAGUUGAAGCUCAUAAGACGGUUAGGAUAACCGAUGUUGUGGUUGAGAUCGGUUCGUUUCGGUUAUUGAAUACUAAGGAUUUGGAUUCGGAUUUGAGAUUAGGGUUUUUGGAAUUGAGAAGUGUUGCUGAGGUUAGAGGAAGGAUUAAGGUUUUGGGAAGAAGGAGAUGGAAAGUUAGUGUGAUGAGUUGUACCAUGAGACUUAAUUUAACCGGUCGGUUUAUUCAAAAUUUGUUAUGUGAAUAGUAGUGAGUGAUUGGUUUUGUGGUCCGGUUUAAAAAGAUUUCUCUGUGUGUUGGGUGUUUUGUGCUUUUGCCAUAUUGUAAAUUUAGUGGUCUUUGUAUAUGAAGCGAAUAUCAAAGUUGUAAUUAAGAAAAAUGUUUUUGUUUAUGUGAUUCGAUGGGUGGUAUUGUGAUAA